AUGCCCCAAGCUCGCAUCCCCAAUGCUAGCCUCACCGCCAGCGCUGACGCCCUCAUCCUUCCGUGGCUCGCCCCGAGAGCUUUCGCCGAGUCCCCUGUCUUAAGAAGGUGCCAACGACGCGAUGGAAGGAGCACCUCAGCACAGAAAGAGCAGGCAGCAAUCGCUCAUGGAAAGACAGUAAGAGCUACUGAUGAUGGGAACUCCUGCCGUCCUUCGCACCGAAGGCCCAAGGCUUCACAACUGAGCCAACCGUCAACUUUCACCGGUGCCUCAUGCAGGACGCCCACAAGAACACGUGCUUCAGCCGCGCUGGCCCUUCGAUACGUCGACAUUGCGUCCUUUGCGCACCAACACGCAAGAAGCUACGCCACCAGUGCCGACAGCUCCAGCCACACUACAAGCCCCGACAGUCCGCAAAACACCGGCAUUGCCCACAACCAGGCGGGGCGAAAGCGACUAAACCACAUUGCGGCGGCGGAAGCGCGCCUGAACCGUCAUGCUGAACGACUGCAGCGAGAUCGCGGACGCUACCAGAACAAGCUGCUCUACGAUGGCCAGUACAGAUCGCUGCGCCGCUUCGUCCUCGGUCUCAGACGAUGGGAUACAACGACCGAGGAUGUGACGAAGUAUAGCCGCCCGAACACAGACGAUGAGCAUUGGAUACUCCACGCCUUUGCUGCGCUGGACAGGUCUGCAUACGUGCGUGUAAACGCGCUCACCAAGCCCGUCACUCUCCAGCACGACUCCCGAUGUCAUGACUAUACCCAAAGGUUGCUCGAGGGUGUCGAUAGAGACGGCCCAAAGCGAAUUUGGUUCAAUUGGCAGUAUAUCGAAGAGAAGCAAAGGUUCUACGAGACCGUGCUUGUCUAUAUGCUGGAACAUAAACCCGGAUACGCGCAAGACUUCGUUACAAUAUUAGCCACUGACGACUCACUGCCGGACUCCAAGUUCGUCAUCCUGGCAGACGCCCUCGCUCAUCUGGCAAAGCUACAUGUCAAAGAACAUUACCCUUCGGGGCAAGGCUGGGAAGCUACUCCUGAACUCAACAUCCGGAAGUUCGUUUCUACAUUUCUCAACUGCACGCGAUUCGUGGACACGGCAGUGUAUUCACAGGAUUUGCUGCACAGCUUGGUCCUCUUAGCCCACAUCGCAGAUCUGAAAAAGAUUUAUGGCGCUUUGGUGGAGUCAAAGACACGUUUCUCUGUGGGCACUACGUUGCAUUAUGCGAGCGCUUUCGGUGAAGCCGGCGAGUUCCGCUAUGCUUUGCAGUGUUUGGAGCGCCGUCUCGCUGCGCUCAAGAAGACACAGCGCGAACUCGUAGUCGACUCGGAACGCUUUCGAUGGACCUGUGCUGCUAUACUACGUGGCAGCAUGCGCGAGGCGAAGAACUAUCACGAGACACCAAGCAUUGUGGCGGCAUUCGUAGAGUUCGGCGUCAAAAUGGAUCUCCUCCUCUAUGAUGUGGUCAUGCACAAUGCUAUGGAAGCUGGCGACUUUGCCACUGCGUUCAAAGUAUACAACGCUUUGGAAGGCAACGGACUGACGCCGGACAAAUACACGUUCUCCAUCCUCCUCCAUGGCUGCACAAUACAGAACGAUCCUGCGAUGUUCAAGGCUUUCGCUGAAUUCUGUGUUGAGAAAUCAAAAGAGCUGGAGGACCCUUGGUUGGCCACAGACUGUCUUUACUACGCCUACGUUCGCGAACAGAACAAGCCUGUUGCCUCGCGAGACCCAACCUUAGUUUGGCGGACCUAUCUUGACCUCUUCGAUCUGACGCCACUCAAGCCUUUUUCAAGAUUUGGAAGCCGCUCAAUGAAAGAUGCCAUUGACCAGGACGCGCUCAAUCCAGAAACGCAGAAGCUUGUUCCUACACCCCUGUCACUCUACCUCGUGCUUCAGACCGAAAUCCAAACCACCCAGACCCUAAGCGUCCAGUACCUCGAGCGCCUCUACAAGACCUUCAAACGGGCCAUAUCCUCCGACGGAGCCCAUCCAACACUCACCUCCCUCUCUCAGACCCCAAUCAUCUGGAAUACCUUCCUUUACGCCUUCUGCACAAGAACACAGUACGCCUCCGCCUCCGCCGUCAUCAAAGACAUGACCGCCCACGGUACCUUACCAAACGUCUACUCUUGGAACAUGUUUAUGCAAUCCUUCUUCAAAACCGGUCAAGUCGCAGCCGCCGAGCGCGUCUUCGAACUCAUGCGCUCGCGCAGCGUAGAUCCCGAUUCUUACACCUACGGCGUCAUGGUGCGCGGUUACGCCAAAGCCCAGCUCGUAGAUCGCAUUGGCGAGACCAUGCAGCAUAUCAGCGAGGAGGACCAACUCGACCCCGAAUUGCUGCGAGCUCUUGGGCAAGUGCAGAAGCGCGCUGACCUUACGGCUGCGCUAGAGAAGAGUCGAACGGCCAAAGAGAACAUGGACCUCGAAGAAGCCGAACGCAAGGCCAAGGAAGAAGAAAAGCGGUUUGAGCUGCCCAAAUUUGGGAGCUUGUUCCAGAGUGCGAUUCGGUUCCGGCCGGCAAACCAUUGGGAUAAUGGGGGUGUGGAGGAUGCAGAUGAUUUCAUGGAGCCUGAUGACGAUUCUGCAACGCCAGACUCCAAGACCCAGUUUGAGGUGCAGGGCAAGAUUACUGUUACAACGAGCAGUCCUGUGUCGGACCCCCAUCAGGCUCUUGGCGCGGACGAGAUGGAUCCGCAGUUCCAAGGCUUCCUUGGUGACAAGUCCUCCAUUGCCGCAAACGAUGCCGCGCCCAAGUCUAGUACGACGAUCAAGACUUCGAGGCGAGACAGCGAUAUUCAGACCAACAUCAGCGGCGAAGAAAAGUGA